UUCUCCAAUCCUCGCCACUGACACAAACAACGUAACGGUAGGGACAGGGAAGAGAUGGCGACCAGUAUGUCAAACGCUAACGUUACCUAGCCAUGGUGAUGUUUUUUAAACUACCCAUCAGAUAAAGAGUUUACCUUGUUGAUUUCGCAUAAGCUAAAUAACCGGACACUAUGGAGGAACCGUGGGACUUUGAGUUUCUGUCCCGCAUCGCUGACAGCUGCUUGUCGUUCCUCUCAGAAUUUGUGGACGACUGGCUCGCCAACGAUAUGAGAGUUUGCAUAUUCAAAAUCCUACUCAGCUGGCUAAUUGUAAGUCUUAUCGCCAUUCACUUUGCCUGGAAAGUGUACGGGAAUACAGUCAACGACAUGUAUUAUCGGCAAGGGACUGGUCAGAAUGGAGGCACUCCUGAAACAGCAUCUCAUCUGAGUGGAUGGGAAGGCAAAGCAGGAGCUACCCUAAAGACUCAUCGCGAUUAACAAGACAUGGGUGUCGGACCUUUUCCAAGUGAGAGCUGGACUCCUGUAACGAGACAUUAAAUGCACCCUCAGACUUUGCUCCAAUGCAUUCAAGAUGCAUGCACAUUCUGGCAACUGCCCGAAGAAACAUCUGCUAUGCAUACCAACAGUGUCACACUGAUAUCCACUUUAUCAACUACAUAGUGCUGUGAGUUGUUUAUUUUUGGCUUGUCAACAUUGGUCAUUGAGCAGAACCUUGCUUGAAUUGAUUUGUUGACAAUGGUCAACUUUUUUUUCAAGAGGCUUCAGUACAAAUGGGUCCUACAAUGAUGGGAUUGUGUGUGAAUUGAGGUGCUUUAAGAACACGGACACGGUGGCACACACUUACCGCAGAGCAAAAUAAUUGGACUUGUUUAGAUGAUUUAUGGAAAGAACAAUUAACACUGUUUCUCAUUACCUGAGAGGAACAUUGUGUGAACCUAAUGUGAGAUACAGAGUGCCUGAUUAGAGUAUUUACCCCUCUUUGACUUUUUCAUGUCAUUUAUUAAACAUUGACCACUCAGCCAACUCCUGUGCCAAAAUAAAACAACAUAUCAGAUACAACGGAUCAAAAUUAGAUUCUGAUAUUAAAUACUUUGACUGUUUUGUUAAGAAAGGCAGCAUUGUACUGCACUUCACCAGUUUUAGUAUAACAGCAGCAGGAAAAACAUACGUGAGAUCUGGGCUGUGCCAGCCGCCACGAAGCAUUGCAGCACGUUGUAUAGAUGUUUCUGUACAGGAGGCCCUAGUGGCUUUUGAUGGGAGAGCCUCAGCUGAAUGAACCACAGGAAAAAUCCUGAAGGAAAAACUGCUGCAUUUAGCUUGAAAACAACAAUGUUUAAGUUCUUUAGUGAUCAGUUCAGAGUCCACACCUCAGUCCAGAUUAGAUAAUAAUUUGGUCAUCAGAUUUCCAAAACUGAAAGAAAUCUAUCCAUAAUUAGUAGAUUCAAAGCCAUAAUUGCUGUCAAAGGUGCCUCAUUUACCUGAGGAUUAAAACAUUUUCCUAUAUGUGAUCAACCAUUUAGAAAACAAAUUCUGUUAAGUGGCAAAAAGAAUAGUUAAAUCCACUUGGGAUUUAAUGUAAAAUAAUAAAACAUGAGAAAUUCAAAGGGGAGUUGAAUACUUUCAAAGUGCAUUGUAUGAGCCAUCUUACCAUCAGCUAUUAUAACUGACGUUAUAAUACUGUUAUAAUGGUGAAGACAAGACAAUGUACUGCAGUGUGUAUUUACAGAAAUGUUUAAUGAUGUGCAUAGUCCUAGUCAAAGGAACUAAACUACAAAAUCAUCAGCAUAUUUUAGAUAACUUGAAGUUCCUGAGAAGAAAAAUACAACUGUGCAAGUUUUAUGUAAAUGCUUGGUUGAUAUUAAAUGUGUUGUUUUUCAAAAA